AUGACAGGCAAUCAACUGAAUCGUUGGGGUAAUUUCGACCCAUUUAAACGUGUUUUGAACAAUCUCACCGUGACACCACCAUCGUCAUAUGUUACCAACAUGAAAAUUGGUCCGUAUGACAUAAUCAAUAAAAGUCAGAAUAAGUUCACAAUUCGUGAUUUGACCAUUUUUGAAGGUCAACCGUGCAAAUACGGUGCCACUUGUAAACAACUAAACGAAACCGACCAUUGUAAUAAUUUCUAUCAUCCCCCGAUGUGUCCAUAUGGAGCGCCAUGUAAAAUGAGCAUUGAUGUCCAUUUAUUCUUUUUCAUUCAUCAAAUCCAUUGUGAGGAUGGUGGUCAAUGUAAGCAGGCCGCUGAUAAUGAUCAGAAACAUUUGAGCGAGUAUUUGCAUCCCGGAUUUUGUUCUCGUGGCGGAUUUUGUCAUGAUACAAGUGAUGUGCAUUCAUUUAAUUUUCGUCAUUUGCCAACUUGUCCAGAAGGUCCUAGCUGCUAUACUCUUCGUACAGCACCUGCUGAUGAACACUGUCGGAAAUUUCGACAUGGUAAACUACCUUGCGAAUUAGGGAAAAACUGUGCCAAUUUUCACGAUGUAGAACACAUUAAAAACGAAAAACAUCCGUUCAGAAAACCAUGUUCCCUAACUCCGUACGCAUGUAAAAUGUUUAUCAAUUAUGUGCAAAACAACAAAGAUACCGAAAUAUCAACAAUUAAUACACAAGAACACGAAUCGCCGGAAAACCAUAUAUUAGACUAUUCACAUAUUUGUCCUUGGGGUAGAAAUUGUAACGAUACGAGUGAAAGACACUUACUCGAAACCAUUCAUGUUGCUCGAAUAGUGUGUGCAGACAAAGAUAAAUGUUCAAAACUAACAAAUGAAGAACACAUGAGCACAUAUUCUCAUCCAGGAAUAAGAGAUAUUCGACUCCUCUGUCGCUAUUCCUCGACCCAAUGUCGCGAUCUCGACAAACGUGAUCAUUACAUUAAAUAUCGUCAUGGAAUAUUCGAAAGUCAGUUAGGGGUUACUCGAUAUUUUGGUCUCAACAAAUCAAUUAAUUUUAUUCAAAACCAAAAAUCGAUAAUUCAAACUAUAAAUGACCAUUUUGGAAAAAAAGACAUUCGAGUAUCCGCUAAUAUUUUAAACUGGAUUCGUUCUCUUCAACCGGUUCAUCGAUGUAGCCGAGAAAUAUUCGAGUCAAUUCUAGUUCAUGGUCAUGUAAUGAGUCGGUCUCAUUUAAGAGAUGCAAAAUUUACUGCGCACACAGUUACUCAACACAUUGAUGUACGAAAAAUUCUAGACACUCAAGUACCUGCUGCCCAAAAUAUUGCUAACGAAUACAUCCAAGCAAUUAAUUCAAUCCGAAUUUGUCAAGGCAAACAUCCAACAAGAAUCGUUUAG